ACAGCAGAUACAAAUGCUAGUCAGCCCAUUAGCAUCGUCUAUGUGAGCAAUUAUUGGGCUCACAUGUCUAUGUGCAAUUGCGACAUCGCUGUGGGGAGCGACGACAUCGGAAAAUUGUGGCUAUCGGUGUUCUCUAUAUAUUUCAACGUUAAUGCUACUUGAUAGCCGUCAGAAUAUCGUCAGAUAUCUCAUUGUCUUCUCAAACUUCCAAGGCUCCUAAAGACUCGAAUCUCCACUUCUUAAUCAUUGAACCUGCAACUUGAUAAAGUAAAGAUAGGGUUCACGCGCCAUAGAGACACCAUGGCACAGGGGAAACGACCUAACUUUCUCAUUUGCCUAGCCGACGACUUAGGAUUCUCGGAUGUCGCAUCAUUUGGUGGUGAAAUCAAUACUCCAAAUAUCGAUAAGCUUGCCAAGAAUGGGAUACGGUUCGCGGACUUCCAUGCGGCUGCGGCCUGCUCGCCAUCCCGAGCAAUGAUCAUGACCGGCACAGACCAUCACAUUGCCGGCCUUGGAAAUCUAAUCGAAUGGACCAAUAUUUCCGGUCAAAAUGACCCUAACGGAACAAUGUCGACCUCCGUUCAACGGGGUAUGCCCGGAUAUGAAGGAUAUCUUAAUGAACGGGUUGUGGCUCUCCCUGAAAUACUCCGUGACGCUGGCUAUCUGACUCUCAUGUCGGGAAAGUGGCACCUAGGCCUUACACCAGAACGAAGCCCCAAAGCCCGAGGGUUUGAGAAGAGCUUCGCUCAUCUACCAGCAUGCAGCAAUCACUAUGGAUACGAACCUCAACUAGAAGGUAUGGACCAAAUACCUGAGUUCAUGACGAUGAGCUUCAUCGCCCUACAUAGCGAAGACGGCGAGUACGUGAAGAAGCUACCAGAAGGAUGGUAUUCUUCUAACGGAUACGGUGAUAAGAUGGUGAACUACCUAAAGGAUUGGAAAGAGAAGAAGGAUGAGCGACCGUUCUUCGGCUACCUACCAUUCACUGCACCUCAUUGGCCUCUACAAGCUCCCAAGGAGUACAUUAAGAAGUACCGCGGGGUAUAUGAUGAUGGCCCUGAUGCCCUACGUCAAAAACGACUUCAACGACUCAAGGAUCUCGGCAUGGUGCCACAAGAUGUGGAACCUCACCCAGUCGUAGCCGACGAAGUGAAAGACUGGAAAGAUAUGAGCGAAGAAGAGCGCGCUAACUCAUCACGAGCAAUGGAAUGCUUCGCCGGUAUGGUUGAAUGCAUUGAUGCCAACGUGGGGAAGGUUGUCGACUACCUCGAUGAAAUUGGUGAGCUAGACAACACGUUUGUCUGCUUCCUUUCAGACAAUGGAGCUGAGGGCGCCGCAUACGAAGCCUAUCCGAUCGUUCAAAGCACAAUGUUGCAGCACUUAAAGAAAUAUUAUAACAAUCACAUUGAUAAUCUCGGCAAUGGAGACUCAUUUAUAUGGUACGGCCCCCGAUGGGCGCAAGCUGCUACUGCACCGAGUAGAUUAUAUAAGGCGUACACCACCGAAGGUGGCGUUCGUGUGCCGUACUUGAUGAAGCCGCCUGCGAGCUUCGGCGGCCAAUUUGAUGCCGGCAGCAUAACGCAUCAAUUUGCGACGGUGAUGGACCUCGCACCAACGAUCCUCGACAUGGCUGGUGUGAAGCACCCCGCGCCGACAUAUCAGGGCCGAGAGGUCGUGACCAUGAGAGGCAAAUCGAUGGUACCGUAUCUGCAAAAGAAGGCAGAGACCAUCCAUGAGAAGGACUUUAUUAACGGAUGGGAAACAUGUGGACGAGCAGCAUGUCGAAAAGGUGACUGGAAGAUCGUGUUCAUCCCUAAGCCAAAGGGUCCGGAACGUUGGCAACUAUACAAUCUCGCGAAAGACCCCGGUGAGAUAAACGACCUUGCAGAGCAGGAGCCCGAGAGAUUGAAAGAAUUAGUCAAACUGUGGGAUCAGUACGUUCUUGAGACAGGCGUCAUACCGCUGUCUCCGGAUCUUGGCAACUGGAUGGCAGCUAUGGAGGAGCAAAUGCCGGAAAACGCAUGGAUUGAGUAUGAAUACUGGAAGGAGGGCGCCAGAGACGAUCCGUCGAGGUUCACAAAGCAAAUCCCCCGAUUCCAGAGACAAGUCAAAGCGAUUUAAAAAGAGGAUAUUCAAAUGUAUUCAUAGUCUCGGACGAGCGACCUAGGUACCUAGGUACUUAAUAAUUCACAUUUAUUUCCCACGAUGUAUACAAUUCCGAACCCGUGUAUUAAUGAGCAUCUAACUACGAUAGCCUAUCUAAUUCUUCUUCUUCUUCUUCUUCAA